AUGGAGGGUAACCUGUUGAUCAUACUUUGCUUUCUUACGUCCCAGAAAGUUAUAUCUUAUGUUGUUCUGCCUUACUAAAAAGACAAGUGUCUGCGAAAUUCUCCCAAACAGUGUAUACUUUAUGUCUUUGCCAGCAGACGGAGUUCACCUCUAGUAGCAAGAGUAUAUCGGAGCCCAUAUGCUUCGUAAGUAUAGAUAUCCAUACUUACUCCGUCAUCACCUACGUUAAUUCGAAUGUGCUUAUCAUCUCAGACAUUCCGAUUCCUUCCAUUUUGACUUGCCGGUUCUGGCUAUCUUCGAAAAUUGCGGGUAUUACCGCAUUCUGGCGUACGAUGAAUUUCGAUACACUUUUUCAUGGCUUUGCAAACCGAUCAAAGGUACUUAUGGCUCACGAAGAAGGCGUCGUCUUUGAUUUUUAGUACGAAAUUGUUGUUAGCUAUUACUUUUUGCGACUUGGUCUUCUCACUGAUAGACCGAAACAUCUCUGCUGAUGGCUGAAGUUAGCUUUCCUCGUUGGACUUACGGUGACCUGUAGACUCUUUCCAUUUCCACGUGAAGUUAUGGCGCCAAUAAUGUAGGCCUUAAAAACAGUGACUAAGAAGCCGUGUUCUCCGCAUAUGUUGAUUUAACCGCCGAACACCCGGUGCUGGAUUAUGCAGGCACCUAGAUAUCGCAAGUAGGUAUUCACAGACUAUCAGUGACAGCGCUAAAAAGACCCUGGACCUGAUGUCUGGAAAACAGAAUACUCUAUAAAGCUCAAUACAGCUCGAUUUCACAUUGUAUCCAGACAAUCAUGAACAACCCUGAUUUUUCUCGCCACCGCGACCUGAAAUACUUAGUCGGGAAGAGGCGACCGAAAUUGCACCAUACCGACGCGUCGGCAAACAUACGUUCCCUACAUCACUACUCGACUCGUGCCGCAGCCCUCGCGAGAGCCGAUGCGCCACUCCUCUUGGGCGCACGCUAAACGUGCAACCUGUCGUCACACACCGAAAUAUGAUAAUUCUCCUUUGAUUGACAACGCUGUACUAAACCAUGUAGGUCUUAGCGCAGUGGACCGUGGACGCCUCCUGCCGUUCUAAAAUGCGUUGACCAGAUCAUGCCCAGCGCAACAUUAGGGUGCAAUGUAUCGGGAAAUGUCACCUCAAUCACGGCGUUGAUCAACGUGGUGCCGCCGUUGUUUUAAACUAGUUGAAGUCGUCGUUUAUCUACCAGUAUCCGGUUUCGCCAAGGAUUACAUAUGUGCGUCUUCGUUAUGAUGUUGCCAUUGGCGUUGCGGGAGAUAUAGUUCCGGGCUUCAGAAGGUUGGCGCAUUGCAAGGCAUCAGUAACCACUAUUUAGUGUAAAACCUUUGUGGUUGGUAAUUUCGCUGCACUAAUCCGCCACUAUUACUUUUUUCGCCAUUCUAGGAUACAUAUAAGGACUUGACACUCAAAUAGUUAACACCAUAGAGAUCGCAUUGUCUGAAUAUCGGUCAGCGUAGUAUUGUACUUCUGCGCGAUGUAUGCUCUUGGCACCGACAGGUAGAAUGACUUACCACGCUCUUGGGGGAGAUCCAUCACGUCUCAAAGCACAUGCUGUUUAAAAGGCCCGACAUGAGGAGAUAUGAUGUCACUCGUCUCAUUGAUUCAGCUUCCGCCACCGCCUUUUGUCUGGAUACCUCAGGCUUCUUUGCUCAACUGACGCAGACGAAAACUGCCUCUGCGGCCGCCCUUGAAGAAAGUAACGGGCUUGGACUGAGACAUGCUCUCCAAUGAUAGCUUCGAGAACGUGCUGUGUCACGUCAGUUGCUUAUUCAAAGAUUGAACUCCUGCUAAGAUGAUCCAACCGGAUGAUGAGUCAAGGGCCGACCGUAUUCGAGACAACCUGUAGUUAAGGUGCCUACAGUUAUGCUAUCACAAGCACAGCAAACUUUGAAGUAAAACUGCCCGAGAUCUUCCACGCGCGUCAUCUAAUGAAGAUAAACGGAGGUUUUACGUGAUUUUGAUGAUGAGUACCAUCUAGAGCAUCUACUUUAACGAUCGAUAGAAACCAAGGUGCGCCGAUAGCAUCAGUGUUAGACAUGACACCUGUUCGGCGUCUUUAAUAGCUGUUGGGUUCGAAGAUGCUUCGGAACUCGAGUAUAAUUGUAGCUGCAGUCUAAUAUAUACUGAUGAGCGCAUCAAGAACGUCAUGGGUGCUGCCGUCUGACGGAAAUUCGCAAACGCUGUCCGCCAUUGUUAUCUGGUCAGUGGAGUGGCCUUUUGACCCAAAUUCGGGAAGCAGAAACUUCAUCUCUGCACCGAAACGGCGCUGUCAUAAUUCUGAUCUUUAGAGAAGGUAACGAAUUACUAUGUUAAAUCAACCGUGAAAUUAGUUUCGUUAGUUUUUUUGAUAGUCUUCGUAGUUGUCCUCAAUUACAGAACGAGGACAAAGGUCCGAGUGGAAGACGAAGGGAGGGAUUUAUGUGAUACCGCUUCAGGCACUCGUCAGGGACAUAUCCUCUUACCAAUUCUGCUUUUCUACGUAAUCGGCCGUACUUGGUAGCGGACCGCUCUGAUGUGUCAAUAUGUCGGGAUUUGUGCGUUGCGAAAUUGAAAUAUACUGCUGAUUCUUCGAUGCCAACGAAGUUUCUUUAUGAUAUGUAGCGUGCGGUCCCAGAUAUAUAUGAAAGCAGCGGAAGUGCUUCUGAAAAUUAUCUCCAAGAUGAGGAUGCUCGUUUCGCACUUCGUAGUCCGUCGACUUUCGUGCCCGGUCACAGAAAUUGUGCGGCUUCUGCCUUCUUAAAUCGAGUUUUCUGCGAGAGCCCAAGUCAAGAAUCAGGUCGACCACAGAAUCUACUAGGUGCGCGCAGCCUUCGUCAGACUACGUCGAAGUCUCUGGGAUCAGCGUGAAGUCAGUCCGUCAACCAAACAGCCAACAUACAUGUCCUUCGUCAGUGUAAGCCUCCUGCACGGAUAUGAGACAUGGUACGUGUCCUGAGAAGAAUAAACCCAACCAGAAAUUCCCACCCGCAGAUAACUGUGCUGUAGUCUUCAAGUUCUUUCCCAAUACAGGACAGUACGGUCAGUCAGAAACAGGUACUCAACUACACCCUACUCUUCAACCGAACUAGUUUUGUCAUGCCACACUGAUUCAAGGCGAACCCGGUCAUGGCUGCGUACGACGUCCGGGUGGCCAGCUGGAGUCAUGAAGGAUUCCGUACGUCUUAACAUUGCACACAGCUCUGUCCCGCGGUCUGAGAUUUGCCUGACCUCUUUACCAACUGACAUAACUUCAGUUAGGAGCAUCUAUGAUCAUCCCUUAUCUAAUUGGUCCCAAUAAUGUUCCGUAUAGUGACUUUCCACGCGAGACCAUCUGCUAAGCGCAGCGCACUGUCUUCCUCAGUGGCGGAUACGGGAGUUCUAAGAACUCCUGCGCUGUGUCGAUAGACGCAUGAAAUCAGCAUUUUAUCGACUUCUUCCUCACUUCCAGUGUGACGGGGUCUGUGAAUUUCCAGCAACCCUACUAAAUUCACAAGAUCGUUCGACUCGUUUUUUACUAGGUAACCUUAAUUAUCAUCGUGAGGCUAUGGUAGUGUGUGAAUUGUCUCGUUCAAGACGAGGGAGAGAUUUUGGGCAACGACUGUUUAGGGCCUUUCGCAUUCUUGUGUUUUCUACCUACCCUUUGAAGCAUAUGAUGUGUUCGGUCUGGGACCACACGUUACUGUUUUGCCAGUCUUCCGAGUUUUUCGCCGCUCUCGGUGACUCUUCUGUGUUGUCCCCAUCUGGCAGGCGGCUUUCAUAUGUUAACCCCGGCAAUCACUUGGACUGGCAGACUAAACCAGAUGGGAGCACCUGGUGUGUCCCUCGCCUCAGUAAGUGUUUGUGUCUUUGUGGUCAGGUUUAUGGAGUAGGACGCGCAUAGACGAGGGUUAGGUCAACUAGCCACUGCGCUCAGUCCUAUUGCUAAUCAUCUUAACGUAGCCCAUCAGCCCCUCUGUAGCCAUUGACCACGCUAUCGGCAUAGCGGGGAAUAGUAAACUGCAACAUCAACGUUAUUUUACUGCUGAAGACUUGCGCAGAACACUUAGUCACAGCCAACACUGUCUUGCCUUUGCGAGUGCAAGGAGACCUUGUGAAGGUAUUCUCCCUCACCUUACUCGCCAAUGGAAGGGAGAGACUGUCAUGAUGAGCUUGGACAAGAGCUACAUUUUGUGCCGAAUGCUGAGCCGAUCACUGCUCGGUUGUCUUAAAAAUUAGGUUGCAAGAUCAACCAUGAAAAAGCUGAAAACUGUAAUACCGAGCCAUAUCAGAAGUUUGCAGGAUCAUGCCAAUCUCAAAAAAUUACAAUUUAUGGAGAUUUACGAUAUUGAGAGCAAACAAAUAGACUCAAGGAUACCACCUACUUCUUUGUUCCGGAGCCCCUCGUACCACCACGUGGAGAUCAAAACUGGUUAGACAUCAGUGACGAAGAAUUUCAGUGCCUACAUACCAGAAUAAACCAGCUCUACGAAGCCAAGAUGCACUGUAAAAUCUUAGUGUAAUUUGAAUUUCCUGAUCGGGCAACUGCAUGAUGGCAUGAUUGCGCUCUUCACGGAAUACGAAUAACUUGCUGAACGAUUCGCUGUGACAAGGGGCGUUAUGCUAGGUCAUACAAUUACCUCAAUCCUCUUCAUUUCCAUGUUUCAUACAGCGCUGGUUAACGUCUGCCGUGGAAAGGUAUUCAAAGGCAUCAUGAAAUGGCGAAUCGACAGGCAGUUAAACAACCUCCGUCGUAUGCACCUCGUCACACAGAUUUCUGAGAUCUAGACAGACAACCUUAUCUUUGAUGAUGAUUGUGCUUGGAAUACCACGACUGAAGUGAACAUGCGAUGAAACUGAGAUCAAUCCACCUUUCGCUGUGUUUAAGAUAACUCUUAACAUGGAAAAUAAUUGUCGUGCACUAAUAUACACCUACAAAAUUCUCAAUAAUCGUCAGUGGCAGUCGAUCCACCGCUGUGGGCGAACUCUCAUAUCUUGGAAGCACCAACUCAAAAAGCAUCAACAUCCAAAACAAAAUUGCAACCAGAAUCUCCAGUCAGCGGACUUUCGGCCGACUUUACCUCGUGGAGACAACUUAUCAGACCAAGCGUGGACGCUUUACCGCUCCCACCUUCCAGUGAGUGUCCGAUUUCAUGAAACGUUCGCCGAAAUUCUGAAAAGCGUUUUCGAUUAGGAAGAGUUACUUCAGUUGGGUUGUAAUAUUGAUUAUCAUGCAGCAUGAUCCUAUAGAACUUCGGGCUCGCCAGGGUGUCGGCUUUUUAAUGCACUCCUUUUCGACUUCAUGCAGAAAAUGCACUCUUUAAAAAUGAUUACUUAAGUAGCACGCACUUUUCACACUGUUUUUCGAUGGUCUACAAAUUCCAAUGUAUUUAGCAGAAAGCGUGCACAAGAAUAAGCUUUCUUUUACCCAUUUGGUAGCAAACCACGUUGUCCUUAAACUUUAUGCUCAAAGAAAGGACACCUUUUGCUUUCAAAAAGUUUCUAAUUAUGAGACUUUUAAAACUGUAGUGUCCAUUCAUACAGCAUCGUACCUGUCCGUUUACCAAUACUCCUCAUUAAAUGUACAACAUAGUUCGCAUCCAUUGCACAGUUUUAUGAACUCAAUAUGAUAUCUUUUUAAAGGCAUAGAUGAGUAGGUGAUUUUCCUUACGCGGAAAGCAUGCACAUUGUAGACUGAGAUCGUCAAACGCUAAUGCAACGGCUGAUCACGCUCAAACUUAUUCGGAAACUUGGCAACUUUUUCAAAGCCUAAAUUUGCCCUUUCUUCGUGUAUUAAAAUGUGAAGGCAGUAUGAUUUGCUACCAAAUGAGUAAAAGAAAGCAUGCUUUGUACAUGUUUUCUGUAAAAUAUAUUGGAAUUCGUAAGACCAUCGAAAGUCAAUGUGAAAAAUGCAUGCUACUUAAGUUGUCAUUUUUUGACGGGUGUGGUUUCUACAGGAGGUCGAAAAGGAGUGCAUUUGAAAGCCGACAUCCUGGCGAGUCCGAAGUUGUAUAGGGUGAUGCAGCAUGAUAAUCAAUAUUACAAGCCCAGUGAAGUAAUUCUUCCCAAUCGAAAACGCAUUUCAGAAUUUCGGCCAUUUCACGAGAUCGGUCACGCACUGUGGGUGUUUUGGGGGGAUGCACAAGUUGCCCCGAAUCAUUUCAGGGUUGAAGUGAAUUCAGGUUUGAUGAAUCAGUCACAGGCAGAUGAUUAAUCUGAUAACCAUCUGCCGAAGCGAAUUGUACUGUGACUUUAUCGUAUGUGCUCGUAGUCAAGGAUAAUAGAAGUAGUACUACAAGGACACCUUUUUGCCGCUAAGGCGCCUUAGAAUCAACCUCAAAUCCUGGGAGGUCCUUGGCAGAACCGCCAAAUUCGGUGUAUUAAUGUGGCAUAGCAGUCUCCGAAGCUUAUUGAACACAGGAGGUCGAUGGGGUGUAAAGAACGCAAGCAUGAAGUACGCAAGAACGUCUAGCUUCCUCCUACUUGACCUAUUCCUAACGUACAUUCGGAACUGGUCUCGGUCGCGUGGGUCACCUUCGCAUGCAUAGCAGCACUACCGGCAGCAAUGUCGAAAUCAUGUCUAGGCAUGUCGCGAACGCUAACCAGACAUUCCAUGCCUGCUCAUAUUAUGCUAGCACAUUUCGGACUGACGCAUCCAACUCUGACUCUCGAGCUAAUUCUGCCGCUGCUAAUCUAACUUCUGGGCCAGUGCAACGUCAGACCAGAAACCUGGCCUAACGAAUAUAUCACGCCUAUUCCUGUGGCGGUCUGCCUUCCCAAUGUGCUAAUCAGCGAAUACAGCAACCAAUGCGCGGCAGCCCCGAAAGCUGGGUUCACGCAGGCUGCUCGCUGUCAUCAACUGUCCUUUUGCCGUCAGCUACAACACUCCUGGAACGCACUUGUGCCUGGUAUAGCUGUGCUCAUGCGUGGUUUAGUCGUCUUCGAUGAUGUCGCAGAUUACAGAUCUCCAUGAGUAACGAUCCAUCGUAGCGGACAUAGACAGCUCGACCCCUUCCCACUUCUAACGACGGAGUCCGAGCACGGAAAGUUUAACUGCCACUUCUGCGUCUUGGCGAACUGCGUCGAGCCGGUUUUAAUUUGUCCCCUCCCCCUCGACCCCUCCCGGUGGGCAAUGACGGGGAUCGAGGCUUAUGGGGUGGACGACAAAGAAUGUGUCCAAACCACCUAAGUCGUCCUUCUCUGGUGACCUGAAAUAUCCUCGCGACAUUGUUGCGGCGACUACGGAACCAACAAAGUGGAUGGCCGUCGGUUGAUGGUAGCCAUGGGGGGAUCCAAAAUGCGCCGCGUGGCGAAUACCUGGUCGGCUCAUCCACGCCCACCUGUGUCUCCUCCUCGAGUCGCUCACACCCCAAAAUCGCCCGAGACUGACAACAGUGAAAAUCACAGCAACCUGGAUGAGGCUUAUACCACAAAAAUUCCCGCACUGUCUCAUAUCUCUUGUCUUGAAGACGGUUGCAGGGUCGCCCGAGCCCCAAAUAUCGAGAAUACACUCAUCUACCCAGGUUUCCUUAAAUAACUCAUGGAGUUGCCGUAGUCGUGGCUUGCGGCAUUUUGUAGGGUAGUCGUCGUGCCAGCCCUAAACCUUCAACACAGCAUUGUUGCUGCUGGUCCACGACUGCUUAUUCAUCAGACCCGAGAGUGCUUAUUUCGCAGCUACCCUUCACUGAAGGCAUUUUCACUGUCUGCCACCUGUGAGUAGCCAGCAUCAAGCUAACAGCUAGCUCGUCUUCCUGAAAGUGCCCAUAGGUACUACAUAGGCUUCCACACUCCUAAGCAUGAUCGAUUAGGGCGGGGGGUGUACCCCCUCAUUGUUCACUCAGCAGCUGUGUCAAUGGUUGUUUCUUUGCACUGGCUCCCAACGUGACCCGUGGCCUCUUGUGAGCUAUUUUCACUGUGUAUGUCCCAGGCUUACCUGAUCAAUUUUGACUGAAACCUCCGCCGUGGACUUCGUCUGGCUCAAUGUAGUGAAGGGAUUGUUAAAUAUAAGGCUGCGUUAGUGACGGAAUCGUGAAAAUGAUCCGUUUAGUUCCGCUACUGACCACACGUAGCUGUGCAGAAUAGCCAGCCUUUAGGCGUCCAAGUGCACCCUCCAUUUGAGGAUCCACUGGUAUUUUCGCCUCUUCCCUCAUACCUGUAGUUGCGCGGCUGUUGUGGUGGCAACUUCAGUCGAAGCACUUUGAGCCGGCAUUCUAUAAGAACAGGAGUACUGAUGAUGAUUACCUUAUAAGUUUUUACAUUUAGCUUGCAGAUGUGUCCUCGUGAACUGUUAUGAACCUGGUACUGGGCUAGGGAACACAGGUUAGUAGUUUUCGUUUAAUUUUCUCGUCCACUUCACUCAUCUUGGGAUAGUGUUUAAAUGGCAGAUAACUCUUUCGUAGUGUUUCUUAAGACUUGAUCAAUAUUCUUGAAAUUUUGCCAUAAAUCUGGUCAUAAUCAGAGGGGCUCAGUAGUGGGGUUAUUUCAUCCUCCAACAUUUCAAUAUCGUAAUGUUUAUUGUUUACUCAAUACCACUAAUUAUGCAGUUCUGACGCACUGGCUAAAAAAGCAAUAACUUCUUUGACUACUGAAGGGGCAAGAAAGUACUGACGAUUCUAAACUCGGCCGUGUUGUGGGGGCGCGAAACGUGACGAGAAAUUGAGCUCGACGGUGUGAAUAUCAGUCCAUAAUAUCCCCAGGGUCGAGUUCCCCAAAGCCUCUUACAGUAGAAAUCGUCCCAUCCAGCGUCUUCUUCUAUUCGGUCUUUCAGAUUUGACAUACUGGACUACGAUCUUCACGGAUGCCGGGCUACCUCAUGGAAUUGGUCAAAAGUACGCCCACCUGUUCGUGGAAAAUCGCAUGACAACAAAACUCCUUCCAUUUCUGGACAAGGACCUUCUCAAAGAGAUUGGUAUCACCGCCGUGGGCGACAUUAUAGCCAUCCUUCAACACUGCAAGAAGAUAAAGCAUGAAGUUAGUCAACGGUUCUGGAUUGAAUCAGACUCUUUUUACAGGAACCAACUAAGUUGAAAGCGGCCGUUACUGUUUCUUCAACGACGCCACAUUUGGAUAAGGACGUCAAGAAGCCCAGAGUGCCUCCAGGUAAGUAUAUACAGGCUCCGUCCCCUAAACGGUCGCCAUUUCUCCCGCUUAGGACAUGAGCUGCCUGUCCCGGAAAGGCGUACGGUUUCCCGCGAAAUUGAAGGCACAUACAAAGUCAAGCUGCCUCAGGGAACAACAGAAAAAACGAGACGUAUCUUGCAAAAAGUGAAAUUAGGCAAGUAAUUUUGUCUUCUUAUUCAUGUACUGCGGUCUGCUUUUAUUUCGGUUCGUCCUAGUUGCCCUGAUGAAUUCUCAGUCUGACAAGUUACCAAGACACAGUCCUAAGCAGGCGACUUCUCACUGAUUAUUAAAAUAUUUGUACGCAGUUCACCUAAAACAUGAAAAGUGCAGUCUUUUCUAGGCUGCCUUCAACUAACUUAAGUAAUUCGCAAUUUCUGCAGCUCACAAUAUGCGCUGAAACUCACAAACUAUACUGAAACUUGUAUGAAAGUCCUGAUUACUGAGGUGUCGUAGCCUGCGCAUCGUCCACAACUGUACAGACAUGGAGUUCCCGUGUUUUGUAGCUACCUGAUCUAUCAAGGGCCACGGCUCUCGAAAUUUAAUGUCGUAGCGGUGAAUUGACUGUGUUUUUUCUGAUUUACAUAAAAAAGAACUACCUUAGAGAAAGAACGAUGGCUCGCGAUCAGUGUCUUCUUCAGCAAAUAGAAAAUGCUCCUUAGUAAGCGUUCUAUCUGAAGAGGCUUCAUUGUAAAAUAUCGCAGACGAGAGCCGACUCAGUUUGUGUUUUUCCUCGGCCGAAUCUGAAAAAACGGUGACUAUUUCCCUCCAUAAAUAUGUUUAACCGACGCAUAAUGCAACUUUUGAGGCCUUCAGUGAGCAACUUUACCAUCCUAACGCAUACAGCGAGUGUCCGUUUUCAUGGAAUAUUGACCGAAAUUCGGAAAUCCGUUUUCGACUAGAAAGGACCACUUGAGUGGAGUUGUGAUAUUAAUUAUCUUACUGUACCCUCCCCUGAUGUUUCAGACACGCCAGCAUGUUGGUUUCUAAGUGUACCUGUUUUCGGCUGCCUGCAAAAACAGCACUGAGUAGAAAAAUAACUGCUUAUGUAGUAUGCACUUUUUAUUUUUCGGCGGUUCUAUAAAUUUAAAUAUCUUAUAGAAAACAUGCACAAAAUAUUUUUUCUUGUACUCAUUUAUUAUCCGAUUGCGUCUUUACGAAGUUUGAUACCUAGGAAAGAACAUCUUUCCUUUUCUGAAAGUUUCUAAUUAUGACAUUUUUUAAGACUCUAGUUCAUAUGAAGACUGUGUAGUGUCCAUUCAUACAGCAUCGUACCUGUCCGUUUACCAAUACUCCUCAUUAAAUGUACAACAUAGUUCGCAUCCAUUGCACAGUUUUAUGAACUCAAUAUGAUAUCUUUUUAAAGGCAUAGAUGAGUAGGUGAUUUUCCUUACGCGGAAAGCAUGCACAUUGUAGACUGAGAUCGUCAAACGCUAAUGCAACGGCUGAUCACGCUCAAACUUAUUCGGAAACUUGGCAACUUUUUCAAAGCCUAAAUUUGCCCUUUCUUCGUGUAUAAAAAUGUGAAGGCAGUAUGAUUUGCUACCAAAUGAGUAAAAGAAAGCAUGCUUUGUGCAUGUUUUCUGUAAAAUAUAUUGGAAUUCGUAAGACCAUCGAAAGUCAGUGUGAAAAAUGUAUGCUACUUAAGUUGUCAUUUUUUGACGGGUGUGGUUUCUACAGGAGGUCGAAAAGGAGUGCAUUUGAAAGCCGACAUCCUGGCGAGUCCGAAGUUGUAUAGGGUGAUGCUGCAUGAUAAUCAAUAUUACAAGCCCAGUGAAGUAAUUCUUCCCAAUCGAAAACGCAUUUCAGAAUUUCGGUCAGCAUUUCAUGAGAUCGCUCACACAUUGUCUGUGGGAUAAAUUUGAUUGUUUUCCAGUUCUCUUUCGAAACUGUCGGCCCUCGUCGUAAAUGAGAAAUGAGGAUGAUGUGUUGGGUUUGGCUGGCCAGCUCUCCAAUAAGGCGCAGCGACUUCAGUUGGUGGGGCUGGCAAGGGAGCUUUGACCAUACUGCCAAACGUCUAGGUUGGCAGUGCUUACUCUCUAAUAAUCCUUUAAGGGUAGUUUCUCCACGUUCAUAUCUACGCCUCCAUUUAAACUCAAGUACAUUAAUUUGUAUGGAGCAGACAUUCACGAUCCGGUGAAUACGCUCUUUCCACUUUGCCGGGGAGUUCCGGUCCUCCUUGUCUGUGUCGACAUUCCGUCUAUUUCUGUUUUGGUUUCACCCACGGGAUUAUGCCUCCAGAUAGCUAGUAUUAAAGCCCCACCUGUGUAAUCCUUCCUAAUUGAAAACGCAUUCCAAAAUUUCUGUUAACAUUUCAUGAGGUCGGCCGCUGACUGUGUGAGUUGUUUUUCUCCACUAUAAAUCUAUCAGGGUUCCAUAUCAGUAUUAGAAAUUCGCUACAUUGACUUCCGUGCCUGUCCAUGUGUGCCGUGCACUGAAAGUAACACAUAUCUAGGAAGCAGCGCGAUGGUUGGAAAGUGGCUGCGUCUCACAGGUCCUCCUGUGUAUUUGUUUGCGGCUUGGAGUUGCCUGUCAUAAAAAAUUCGCCUACGUUUUAGGGAAAAUAGUUCUGCGGGUUUGCCAGUCCAAAAGCCCUUCUCUCGAACUUCCUAUCUGAACUCACCUCACGUACUCGGAUAGAAUAGUAUAGUUCCAAGUCUGCUGUCUUUGCUCACGCUCAUUUGCCCGAGUUUGCGGUCUUCUGUUAAAGUAGCACACACAAACGCACGGACUUGUUCAUCAGGCUGAUUCAGUCUACGCCAUCGACUGCAUGUGAAGUUGCACCGGGUUUCACAUGAAACUACGCCAUUUUUUUGAUAGAAUCAGUCCCCUGUGUGUACCUUGCGACCAAUUUAAUUCGCUCACAUACGCCUUCGAUUCCGCCUUUCAACGCGGACAUGUCACCCGCUCGUAUGACGUGUCACCGGCUCUCUUACUCGCUUAUCAUCUCAUUGUAGGUUCCUCCGAUUCCGCUGUCAAGGAGACUUCCCCGCCUAGAAUUGUCAUCCUAAAUGCCGUCUCUUCUUCCUCGAAGCCGGAGUCUGUCGCACAGCCUCCCACAGACAUUGAUGGAAGCGACGAUGAUGCGGAAGAUGUUGAGGUCAUUCUAUCGAGGUGCGCUGCUACUGCGGACGACUCUGGUCUAGCUUGUGUCAUUUUCGCCUUAACCGGUUUUGUUGUCUCACUCUAUUUUAUUCGAUCAUCUCGCUUUGCUUUUUUCUCCCAGCAUUAUCCGGUUUGUUUGAAACAUUAGACAGCAGCCACUUUUGAAUUUUGCAUGUUACUCCUUCUAAGCAUUUCAUUUUUUCCCUGGAGGGCGGGUCAAAACCCUGUAAGGAUGGAAAAGUUAGGGCAUUUUCCUGACCUGUCCGCGUUCCGUUGAUACCUUUCUAUGCCUUUGUAUGCCGAGACGGUGCCCAACGCAUGUUCCUCACCACAAGCAAUCAUGCUUUUAAACUACUUCGUUGGGCUGAAAUCCAUGGCUUGGGAGGGUACCAACUGACGGGAUAGCUCGGUCAGUCAGGAUGGAAAGUCGGCCUACAAUGUGGCCACUAUUCCACGACUACUUACUUGGGAUCCGAGCCCCCUUGUUUCUGUGAAACCUGGUCCUUUUUACGCGAGCCAGGCGUGCAUGACAUGCGCAGAUGACUUGUUUAGCUUUGUCAGUGACUGGACCCGAUCUAGCUUCCGGUCUUAUUGAUUCUAUCUUGACACCAGACUCAAGUGGGUGAGGGACGUUAAAGUGCAGUUGAUGCUGCGCGGGCUCAAUGUCAUUUUAAACGUUACCAUGGAAGUUACUCGGACAGGUGCUCAUCCCCCACCCUCACGUCGCGGCCGCCGUAUUGAUGGCCUAGAUGCUGAACUCACCAGUUCUUUCCAGCGACAUAGUAUCUGCAAUCUAUUCCCGUCAUUUCGCCUUCACUACCUUUCUAAGACAGCCUAGGUGAAAUUUCUAAUCAUGUUCUAGUAAAACGUCAGCGUUUUUUUCCUCGUAGAGGAUAAUUUUCAAGAUGACAGCCCGCUUUAGGCUCCGUUGCAUGUUUGCUUCGGUUGUGGUAUUCAGUGCGUAAUCUCUCGCGGGUAAAAUGCCUUUAAUCCUGAUCUUGGAGUCAUUGUUUCGAUAUGGCUAUGUCCGAUUUUUGGUAGUUUCACGACGCGUCUGUAGUUUUGUGCCGAUUUCAAGCCGCCUACCAUGGUAAGCAUCAAUUAGUAUGGCAAAAAAUGAGGCCGAAGAACGUGGGAACGAGUACGCCAUCAUAAUUUUGGGUUAAUUGUACAGCAAGUUAAAUGUUCUUCAUUAAGCCACGGGUUCUCAGCCCUGCUGUCUUUCGUCUUGCCUGCAUUACCUGUCGCUACGCGAUCGGAGGUUUUCAGUAGAACUCCAGAACAAGAUGGGAUGGACAUGUUCCAGUCUGAAACCAUGUUAGUUUAUCGCCACUAGCCAUCUCUAAGAAGCCGUCUGCGGAAUAAUGUUCCAUUCGAUUCAUUAAUAUACCAUGAGUGAAGACUUAUCUUUGGCCGGGACAGAGGUUGGUUCGCGCUGAAUCAGACAUCCCCUCUUGGUUGCCCGCUAUUUCACCCAUGUUCCCUCUCCUACCCGCAGUAUUGAUCCCUUUUAGCUUUCGAGUUUGCGUUUUUAUGCCAUAGCUGUUGAAAGUAUAAAUGGAAUUUUCAACCAUAAUGCAAUGCAGUGCCUCAGGGUUUGGUUGUUGUUAUGACCAGGAAAUGCAAAAAUUGAACGCCCAUGUUAACUCAAAUAAAAUCUAAAGGCAACCUACUAGACUAAGUGCGAACCCCUCACAUAGUACCUAGUCUGCCUGGCAGACUUCAGCCAUACCCCCAUUCAAUCGACUGACUAGGUCGGCGAAAGAUUCGUGUACGUGGCGCCGACUUCCUUUAGGCGUGUUUCUCACCUGAUUUCUCGGUCGUUGCCCACAGAAAAAAACAAACCAUCGCCCUAGCUUGUAAUCAAAAGAACUUCUCUAUAAUGCGGAAACUCCCAACGUUGAUUUUAGGAAAAUCGGGCAAAGGCUAUAGACUCAACUUCUUGUCCACAUCAUAAAUACCAGAUCACCACUCAUUCACCAGCUCGUCCGACGCACACGAUGGGGACUAAAACUUCCUCCGAAGAGAAAAAUAGUAGUGACUUGCGCACAAAUUAAAUUUUAAUGGGGUCGCUGCAUAGCAUCCACCCCGCUUUUUUUUCCUACACCCACCAGGUUCAGGUGCCAAGACAAGGUAAGGGCGCCUCGAGAUUGGAUUGUUAAGAGAGGAUGACCACCUACUCAUUCCUGUUUGUACUCGAUGCACAGAACACGAAUACUGGACCCUUAACCCACUAAACCAAACAUCGUCCAUUCGGUAAGAAUGGCUUUAGGAGUAAUAUAAUGGAGUCAUUGCUAUCUGGACCACAGUCACGACGAUCCGGUUACCUUGACAGUUAGUAACCUUCCCAACCAUGAUUUUUAGGCCGCCAUGCUAGCUCAAAAGCCAAUCAGGUUGUUUGUUGUAGGAACUGUUCACGCACGAUGGCCCUUACUCUUUCUUCUCUUCUCUUCCCACAAACCAGCGUCAAAGUUGAGCUAAGUCGACCGCAGAUGCGAUCAGAUGUAGUGGCUGACAUGGUCUAGGGUCUCUGUCCCUCGUGGACACAUUCUUGGUCCUGAGUUCGGUCUGGCAACGGCGUCGUACGUCGUUGUGAUCUAUCCUAGCCGUACAGAGCAGAAAAAGCUCACCAUUUUCACCCAGAUAUUUUAUGGACCGAAUAGCUGUUCCUAUUGACUGGACUCUUAUAACUGCAAUCAAUUACUAAGUUGACCUCUCCUGGCCUACUAGUUCCAAUACCCAUCCUGCAAUGACUCAGGCUGUAAAAAUUGUUACCAGUUACCACCGCUGACAUGACGACCACGAAGACUUCAAGAUGAGUAGGACGACUGAUCAUGGCCAUUUUUUGCUCUCUAGUCCCCACAACUUCGUAACAGACCCUUCCGUUCCAUAACUUUUCCGCGAGGUUUCGGAAGGUGUACAAGGAUUUGGCCCAUUCUGCAUUCAGCUGUCGUGCCAGGUACUACCAAGGAAGGAACUGGAAAUACUGCCCAACGCAGUCUUUUACUGAAUACUACUGACUUUGCCAUUACAGAUGGUCACACUUUGAUCUAGCAUUUCUCUUAACCACUUUUGAUAUUUAGUUGACCUUACUAGUGUACCGUCUUGCACUUUUACCAUUCCGUAGCUCAAAUCCAUGCGUACGCACAACCAACUUUGCCAAACCUUCCACUAAAUCAUCCGUCUUUAAUCGACUGGGUGCCGAGUUGUCACAAGCAUCUCCUCUUCAGCGGCGGCUGAAACCUGUCACCGCCCACUUGACAAGAUUUCUCCCGAGUAAUCUGGACAGUCAAACCAUGGAGGCCGCAGACGCCUCACAGAAGCACAGCUCUCCCCGACGUACCGGUUUAAAACGGGCGGUAAGUUACUCUCCGCUACAUCUGUAUCAAUCUGCCGAGGGACUUUUUGUGAGGGUUUAUUGGAGCUGGAGUGACUGUCCAAUUUCAGUUUGUGGAAUCUAAUUUCUGAUGUACUCCCCUCUUGAAAUACUCGACACAUCUCUCGACUCCUGAGCAUGUUUUUUCUUCCACGCGGCUGUUUUCGGUUUCCAGUCAUUACAAACAGUCUGUAUACUUUUCCGAGUAGCUUGUGGAUUACGGAAAACCUUCCGGAUCAUCUGUCUCAUUAUUAUUUUCCCCUAAAAACACCUUUAUUUUACUAGCUCGGUACCGAUACGACGCAAAUAAAUCCUCGUCCAAACUCUAUUGAAAUAGUGUACUCGGCACUUGCUUGUUUCGGUGAAACCCGGAUUAAGCGUGGUUAGUCAGUCUGGCUCUUCCAAAAGUAUGGUAAUUUUCAGCUACAAGAAGCGUCGGAAAUGACAGCUCAGAAGGACGUAUAUCCCUCUAGGGGGUAAAAGCGGCCAAUGCGUUGUACCUUUGAAAAGAACAGCGAUGCAACCGUGCUGAUAUUUGCCUGUCCUACGAAAACCAUCCCAGUUUAAGCGGCGAUGGGUAUUUCGUCUAGGCACGCCACCUCAAAUUGUUUUUAUAAAUUCUUAUUUGCGUAUGGAUACAGGUAUAUUGGGCAAACGCAAAGGCGGUUGGCUGCCAGGUCAAUUGGGCACUUGUCCCGAUAGCUUUUGGAGUAACAGAACAAGAUCUUCCGCCCUUCCAUCACACUCAUGUUAUGGGUUGGCGCAAGACUGGCCUUCCUGAUUGCCGGUAGACUAACGGCUCAGACACUGCACAGUUUGCGCGUACCAGUGACAGUCUGAUUGUCGGCCAAUCAUCUUCAAGAUCGACUCGGGUACACUCUAGCUCAAGGCGUGCCGACCCCAAAUUGUUCUCCCUCGAAGCGCUCCGAAGCCUACCACAAUGACACUCAGACUCCUGCUUUUGCGGCCAACUUGCUCCAAUGUAGUAUUCUCCAUUCACUGUGUGCAGAAUUCAAUGCUCUCUCUGCUAGCGUCCAACUUCUUUUUCGAUUUGGCAGCCAGCCUGAAGAUCAUAGUAGCCAGGAUCCGCCUAUGACUUAAACUCCCGCGAUACGCUCUCUGGGGUCUGCUCACAUGCAGGGGGAAAAGCCUGAUCUGGGCAAGCAAGUGGUUUGCAUGGGAAACCUAGCCUUACCAUGGUAGUCCUUAGUCUGUUAUUGAAAAACUUGCACUGUCGUCAUGUUUAUUUUUCUAGUGGUUUUAAAUGUCUUCAUGACAGAUUAGGCUGUAUGUGUUAUGUUUUCUUGCCGUUUUUUGGAAAAAACCGAACUGUUAUGUAUCUAUAAUUCCUUAUUCAUGCUGUGAAACGGCAGGAAGCAACUGCUGCGUACACUUUUGCGACUACUCCUGCGCAACGAUCAUCUGUUCUUCUAAGUGGUCCUGACCUGAAUGAAGAGCGGGGUGCUGGAAGUCCACAUCAUGUUGUGCUGCUCAUGCCCGAACCGCUUUACUUCAGUGUUUAGCACUUUUUCGGUCAACUGCUGCUCGUCGAUAAGCACUUUCUUGUUAUAAGAAUUUUAUCUGGUGUUGACACUGCUGCAUUCAAGACAGGCAAAUUUACGCAUAAGAUUAUCCUUCUGAACGUUUUCUGCCAAGAGGAUAGCCAUUGUCAGGCAGUUACUUCUUGGUGAGGUUCUGCUGCUCUUGUGUCGAGACGUAACCGGGAGUCUCUUAUAAGUAGGCGCACAGCUACUCCCUUGUUUAUGUGGAUGGGGCGUAAAAAUGCAAACUAGUUAGGUAGGCCCCUAUUAGUAGACUUGCUGUACACUGUAGUCUCCAAGGUGCUUUUGUAUUAUACCUUCUGCCUAACAAACAGCGAAAAAAGUACCAGUCCGUCCACACUUGAAUGAGAUUCAGCCGUUAAUUGUACACCCCCGUUAGAUGAGUUUAAGGCAGUGACAAAUUCACCUACCUGUUUUUCUUUAGAAUGAUAAGAGCUUCGUCGGCAUAACGUCGCCUGACUUGGGGACGAUUUUGUGGAUUUGCGGCAAAUGUUUGCGCAGGAUCUUUGGUAACAUGGGGGACCAACCCAUUGGAAGUCUGUUUCCCUGAUCGUGACUAUAGUGGAAUUGAGACAACACCUACAUGUUCAGGUAAUCAUACCAGUCGAUGGAGGUUUUGUGUCUCCAAAGUGUUAUUCCUGUUCCGGUCGGUGGCAAAGGAUAAAAUGAGUGAAUUCAGUUCCAACUUUUUGAAAGUAAGACGAUAUCAUGGGUGUAAAUUGAUUAGGUCGACCCCCUGUCAUUCAAAAUCCAACACUCACCAAGUCGUCUUUCGCCGCUUGUUUGGUGACGUCCAGACAUCAUUGCAUGGUUUCAGGUCACCAUUAGCAAUGGGUGUUCACUGAAGCAUAAGCUUUGGCAUUAUUCUCGAAUAUCAACCGAUCCUACUCUCGAGAUGUUGACACUUCUUUCUAUGAUAACACACCUGUCUUGGUGACCAUGGUUUUUGGCUAUGUUUGACCGUGUUACUAUGCUCCUCUGAAAGGCCAGCGAGUCUGUUUUCUCUCGUCUGGGCUCUGGAAUGGAGCAGCAGCGAACACAGGACGCCGCAACUUCGGCCAGCAAUGAAGGGUCUCUGUCUUACAUUGGCGUCUUCAAGCAUCCACGCACGUCUGCCCCUCCUCAGCUUCCCCGUGUUCCGUCUGUAGACAUCUCCCAACGGCCAUCGGCGAAGAGCCGACUAGGCACUCUUGCCAGCGAUGCUAUCGGUCCCCGUCGAGGUAUAUUGCAGUCAAUCGUCCUAUUCUUCUCCCAUCUGUUUUGUAACAUUACGAUUGCCAGAAAAAUCACACUAUUUCAGGUCAUUCGCAUUCGCCAUGGUAGGUCGCUUCACCCUUAGGACAACUUAUUUCUCGACGCAAGGACCAAAAGGCUAAUUAGUCAUAACGCCAGAGAUUUUCCUCCGGAAUGCAGAUUUUUGACCUGACGACCUGGUGCUGUUGUUGGCCAAGCACAUGCUAGGAAAGCGUGCUGCCCAACCAAAGUCAUUUCAGUUGCGUUACCAUGAAAAACGCAGUUAUACAAAGAAGACCAGGCAGUUAAAGACAAAAGUUAAUCUGGCACCCCGGCAAAAGCGCGCCCCUCCUCCCAAAGUACUGACAGUCCUUCUUAAGUUUGGUGUUAAACUAUUGGGGAGCCUUUAUUGAAGGGCCUGGCUAUACUUUUUGAGUGAUCCUGCGCUUAGUCUAGACUAUCACAGAAUUUCCCCUUUCCGUUUUAGUUCAAGAUAGACUGGGCUCCCAUAACAGGACAAGCUGA